GCCAUGGCGUCCCCCAGGAUCGAGGCCAUCGUCAGGCAGCGGCACAGGAUGGGGGAGAGCCCCGUGUGGGAAGAGGGGACAGGGCAGCUGCUGUUCGUGGACAUCACCGCGGGGCUCGUGUGCCGGUGGAGCCCACUCACGGGGGAGGUGCAGACCGUGGGCCUGAGAAACCGCGUUGGCUGCGUGGCUCUGCGCCAGAAAGGGGCCUAUGUGGUGGCAGCCGGCACCCGCCUCGGCUUCCUGGACUGGGAGACACAGCAGGUGCAGUGGGUGGCCUGGCUGGACAGGGACAAGCCCCACAACAGGUUCAACGAUGGGAAGGUGGACCCUGCCGGGAGGUUUGUGGCAGGCACCAUGCCGGAGCCGUCCGCCCCAGGAGUGUGGGAGCGAGGGCAGGGCUCCCUGUACACGCUCUAUGCUGACCACUCGGUGGUCAGACACCUGCAUGGGCUGGGCAUCCCAAAUGGGCUGGACUGGUCCCUGGACCACAGCACCUUCUACCACGUUGACAGCCUGGACUACUCCGUGCAUGUGUACGACUAUGACGUGCAGACCGGCAAGAUCGCAAACCCAAGGCUCCUGUACCAGCUGCCACAGGGGCAGGGAAUGCCUGAUGGGAUGUGCGUGGAUGUUGCAGGGAAGCUCUGGGUGGCCUGCAUCGACGGGGGCAGAGUCAUCCGCCUGGAUCCCGAGACAGGGUCACAGCUGUGCAUGGUGGAGAUGCCUGUAUCCAGAGUCACAUCCUGCUGCUUUGGGGGGACCGACUAUGCGGACCUCUACGUGACCUCUGCAGCGGACAGCCUGAGCCCGGAGCAGCUGUUGCAGGAGCCCCAGGCUGGAUAUGUCUUCAAGGUUUGAUGAGGUCGUUUAUACUCAGAGUCCCCAAGGUGGCUUUUGUGCCAUCUCUGCAUGGUGCAGGGGUAAGAAGUUGUCUUUAAACUCUGGGUAGGGUGGGUGACGUCCACAGACAGACAGGGAUUGUUUAUCAAUCCACCUAGAAAACAAACAUCUUCAAUGCUUUACCCGCCCCAGUGUCACAUGAAAACUGUCUUUAAUGUGCGGGUUCGGAAGUAGCUAGAGCUGCUGUGACCUCGCCCUGCCAGUGACACGGUGCUUCGACAGCACCCAGACUGACCACAACAUCUGCUCUGCUGACAGGUCACAGGCCUGGGGGUGAGAGGGGUCGCACCUCG